GGAAGUCAGGAGGCAACGGAGGCGCCGGGGAACGGGGCGGUGCAGGAGGAUGGAGGGCGGUGAGCGGCUCCUCCCCAAGGGCUUCCCCAAGCUGAAGAAUGACACGUUCCUGCGAGCGGCGCGUGGGGAGGAGACAGAGCACACCCCGGUGUGGUGCAUGCGGCAGGCGGGGCGCUACCUGCCCGAGUUUCGGGAGACCCGGGCGGCGCAGGAUUUCUUCGCCACUUGCCGGAGCCCCAAAUUGUGCUGUGAGCUGACUCUUCAGCCACUCAGACGAUUUCCCCUGGAUGCUGCCAUCAUCUUCUCUGACAUCUUGGUGGUGCCGCAGGCGCUAGGCAUGGAGGUUGUCAUGGUUCCCGGCAAAGGACCCACAUUCACAGAGCCCCUGAAGGAGGUGGAGGAUCUGCUGAAACUGCGACAGAAGGUGGACGUGACUGCGGAGCUGGGUUACGUCUUCCAGGCCAUCACGCUGACACGACACAGCCUGGAGGGCAGGGUGCCCCUCAUUGGGUUCUCCGGGGCACCUUGGACGCUCAUGUCCUACAUGAUUGAAGGUGGCGGCUCCACUACAAUGGCCAAGGCCAAGAGCUGGCUCUACCGUCACCCCGAGUCAAGCCACCAACUGCUGCGGCUGCUGGCUAAUGUCAUCACUGACUACCUAGUGGGGCAGGUGGCUGCUGGAGCGCAGGCGCUCCAGCUGUUUGAGUCCCACGCGGGGCACCUGGGCCCGGAGCAGUUCCAGGACUUCGCCCUGCCUUAUAUCCGAGACAUCGCCCAGGCUGUCAAGAGCAAGCUGAAGGAGGAGGCGCUGCCCCUGGUGCCCAUGAUCAUCUUUGCGAAGGACGCGCACUACGCACUGCGUGACCUGGCCCAUGCUGGUUAUGAGGUGGUGGGUCUCGACUGGACCAUCCGUCCCCAGGAAGCUCGUGCACAGACAGGGAAAGACGUUACUCUGCAAGGGAACCUGGAUCCCUGUGCUCUCUACGCACCCAAGGAGAAGAUUGGCGAGCUGGUGAAGAAGAUGCUGGAGGGUUUUGGGACCCAACGCUACAUCGCCAACCUGGGCCACGGCCUCUACCCUGACAUAAGCCCCGAGCACGUGGGUGCCUUCGUGGAGGCUGUGCACGCUCAUUCCCGCCACAUCAACAAGCACAGCUGAGCCUGGGGGCUUGGGGACAGGACUCCAGUUUGGGCACAGUUGCCCCAAGUGGUCACCGGCUCGCUCCAGGCUGGGCUGCAGCAUUAAACCAGCACCUUCUCCACA